AUGGAGUCCGACAAAACAACCUUUGCCGCCCUGCUUCUGGGUCCCUGCACGCGAUCCUCCUGGGCCCUCGUCUUCCUCCUCUUCACCCUCGUCACUUUUGUCUCCCUCUACCUUCCCUCCAGGCCCGUCUGGCUCCUCGCGGUCCCGUUGCCCGGGCCCCAUCCCACAACCUGCGCGGCCUUCUUCCACCACGUUCCGCCCGGGAAGGUUGUCAAGUCCAUCGAAGACUUCGGUGGCAUCGGCGACGGCACCACUUCCAACACCGAAUCGUUCCGGAGGGCGAUUCGGUACAUGCAGCGCUUCCAGAACCGCGGUGGCUCCCAGCUGAAUAUCCCCGCAGGGACUUGGCUCACUGGCAGUUUCAAUCUCACGAGUAAUUUCACGCUUUUUCUUCAACAGGGUGCCGUUAUUCUCGCCUCACAGGACCUGAAAGAAUGGCCAAUAAUUGAGGCAUUGCCAUCUUAUGGAAGAGGGAGAGAGAGGCUUGGAGGAAGGCACAUUAGCCUUAUUCAUGGAAAUGGCAUUAGCAAUGUUGUUAUUACAGGACAAAAUGGGACAGUUGAUGGUCAAGGAAAGAUGUGGUGGGAUCUUUGGUGGAACAGAACAUUGGAGCAUACAAGAGGGCACCUCCUUGAACUAAUAAACUCGGAUAAUGUUCUCAUAUCAAACCUCACCUUUCGAAAUUCUCCAUUUUGGACCAUCCAUCCUGUUUACUGCAGAAAUGUUGUGAUAAAAGGGAUGACAAUCUUGGCUCCCCUUAAUGCCCCAAAUACUGAUGGCAUAGACCCAGACUCAAGUUCCAAUGUAUGUAUUGAAGAUAACUACAUAGAAAGUGGGGAUGAUCUUGUUGCCAUUAAGAGUGGUUGGGAUCAAUAUGGAAUCAACGUGGCCCAUCCUAGCACAAAUAUUAUAGUGAGGAGAAUAUCCGGCACUACCCCAACUUGUUCUGGAGUAGGCAUAGGUAGUGAAAUGUCUGGCGGAAUUUCAAAUAUCACAAUUGAGAAUUUGCAUGUGUGGGACUCCGCAGCUGGUGUUCGGAUAAAAUCUGACAAAGGUCGAGGAGGCUAUAUAGUCAAUGUUAGUAUAAGUGAUAUAAGAAUGGAGAGAGUCAAGAUACCCAUUAGGUUCAGUAGAGGUUCAAAUGACCACCCUGAUGAUGGGUGGGAUCCAAAAGCUGUUCCUACAUUCAAAGAUAUUUUGAUCAGUAAUGUGGUCAGUGUAAAUUCUACAAAAGCUCCAAUUUUGGAAGGUGUAGAGGGUUCAUCAUUUGAAGGUUUAUGCUUCAAAAACAUUACCCUGCAUGGUGUAGCCUUAUCCACAAGAUGGCGUUGUGAAUAUGUCUCUGGUUUUGCCACCGAGGUUUUCCCUGUUCCUUGUGUCGAGUUGCGGAACAAUAGCUAUUCAUCGCGGUGUUCACCUUCCUGA